AUGGUUAGUGCAAGUAGGAAAGAUUGGGCUGCAAAGCUUGAUGAUGCUCUAUGCACAUACCAGAACACCUACAAAACUCCAAUCGAAGCCUCCCCUUACAAGCUGGUUUAUGGGAAGGUAUGCCAUUUACCGGUGGAAUUUGAGCACAAGGCCUAUUGGGCAAUAAAGAAGUUAAACUUUGAUGCAGAAUUAGCGGGUGAAAAAUGGUUGAUGAAAUUGAACGAGCUUGAUGAGUUUUGCUUGCAUGCGUAUGAGAAUACCAAGUUAUAUAAAGAAAAGACCAAGCGCUGGCAUGAUAAGAAUAUCCACAAUCGUGAGUUCAAACCGGGCCAAUUGGUGCUCUUGUUCAAUUCGAGGUUGAGACUCUUUAUGGGGAAGCUCAAAUCGAGAUGGUCGGGCCUGUUUGAGGUAGUAAGAGUCACUUCACAUGGUGCAAUUGAGUUGCACGUUGUAGGUGGCGAGAGAACGUUCAUAGUGAAUGAACAAAGAGUAAAACACUAUUAUGGAGGUGACUUUAAUCGUCAUAAGUCGAAGGUGCUACUUGCCAACGAUUAG